GUUAAUUAUAUAUAUACAUUGUCUCACCUAAUCAAAUCUUUUUUUUUCUCUCUCUCUCUCUAUUAUUCAUACAAUAUGGAGAAAAAUUCUUGGGCCGAUCAAUGGGACAACAGCAAUCAAUCGUCGGGAAAAACAACGGACGGCGGAGGCGCGUCGGGGAAAUACAAAGAGAAAGUGGGGGCUGGAUUAGAGAAGACUAAAGCGGUUGCGAGUUCGGGGUUGAAGAAGGUGAAGAUAGGAACGUCUUUGGGUUUUAAUUGGGUUAAAGACAAGUAUACCAAAACCACCACUAAGAAUUGAUUCCGUAUCUUUUUCUUUUUUGGAAUUUACAUAUUUGUCUUCUUCUUUAUUUUUUGUAACAAUAAAAUAAUAUGUCUUGAUUCUUAUUUUCUUCUUAAUGAUCGGAGAUAUUUAAAGACUUAUGAAAAAUUGAUUCGGAUUGGUGUGUUAUAUAUUUUAUGGUUCCGUGGAAAUGAGGUGAUCAAUUGUUUGAUUUGUGAA